AUGGUGCACAAGGACUUUGAUGUCGAUGCCGUUCUCUCUCAGCUGACACUCGAUGAAAAAGUUGCCCUCAUUUCGGGCAGCGACCCAUGGCACACAGCCUCUAUCCCCCGCCUCAAUAUUCCUCGAAUCCGGGUGACAGACGGCCCCAAUGGCGUUAGGGGAACUCGAUUCUUCAAUGGCGUUCCGGCCGCCUGUUUCCCCUGUGGCACGGCCCUGGCGGCGACUUGGGACACGGAACUUGUGCAAAGGGGCGGCGUACUGCAGGGCCACGAGGCCAUUGCAAAAGGAGCGUCGGUGAUUCUGGGGCCCACGACCAACAUGCAGCGGUCUCCAUUGGGUGGCCGAGGCUUUGAGUCGUUCAGCGAGGACCCGGUGCUUGCGGGAGAAAUGAGUGCGGCUGCAAUUCGCGGUAUUCAGUCUACUGGUGUGGCUGCUACGUUAAAGCAUUUCGCCCUGAGAGAGAUUUACCUGCUCCCGUUCCAGAUUGCUCAGAGAGACAGCAGGCCAAUGGCCUACAUGACAGCAUACAACAAAGUCAAUGGAACACACGCGAGCGAGAGUUUGCAGCUCAUUGACGGCGUCCUGAGAAAGGAAUGGGGAUUUGACGGACUCGUCAUGUCGGACUGGUUUGGCCUGUAUUCCACCACCGAAGCCAUCAAAGCCGGCCUUGACUUGGAGAUGCCCGGCCCUACCUACAUACGCGGGACACUCGUGAAGCAGGCCCUGAGCUGUGGAAGGCUGCUGCCCUUCGAACUGGAUUGCCGCGUUAAGCAAGUCCUCAAGCUGGUCAAAAAGCUUCUGCCGCUAGGAAUCCCGGAGAACGCAGAGGAAUCCACACUUGAUACGCCAGCCACAGCCGCCCAGCUUCGAUCUUUGGCGUCUGCCAGCCUUGUUCUCUUGAAAAACACCAACAGUGUUUUACCCUUUGAUAAGAAUAAGACAACCGCGGUGACUGGCCCGAAUGCAGACUUUGCAGCCUUUUGUGGCGGUGGCUCGGCGGCACUGCGGCCUUACUACGCCGUUACACCGUUGGAAGGAGUGAGGAACAAGGUCCCAAAUGCGGAAUACACCCUGGGCGCUGCUGGAUGGAAGAAGCUUCCCCUGCUCUCUCGUUUGACGAGGGCAAGUAAUGGUUUGCCAGGGUUCGACAUGAGGGUCUUUCUAGAGCACCCUGCCGUUAUCGACCGGGAAGCAAUUGACUCGCUGUAUGUCGACACCUCUGAUAUAUUUCUGGAUGAUUACAAGCACCCCCGGAUAAAGUCCAACCUGUUCUAUCUGGAGCUGAGUGGAACUUUGACCCCGCGGGAGACCAAGGUGUAUGAAUUCAGUCUCUCGGUGUCCGGCUCGGGCAGGUUGUUCGUCGACGGCCAGUGUGUUGUUGACAACGAGAGCGUGCAAACACCCGGUGACAGCUUCUUUGGUUCGGGGACUGUGGAGGAAACUGGGCGGAUCACCUUGCAGCAAGGGCAGACAUACCGCGUCGAGAUCAGGUUCGGCACCUUGCCCACUUGUUCGUUCAACGCCAGCGGCUCCAACUCUUUCGGGCGGGGUGGAUUGCGAGCUGGUGGCACCCCAGAGGUGGAUGCUGAGGCCGAGAUCGAGAAAGCAGUCGCGCUAGCCAAGAGGGUCGACCAAGUUAUCCUAUGUGCCGGGCUGAAUGGCGACUGGGAAAGCGAGGGCUAUGAUCGUAGCACGAUGGAUCUUCCUGCAGGGACAGAUGACCUUAUCCGGGCUGUGGUGGCGGCGAAUCCCAAUACUGCCGUAGUCAUUCAAUCUGGCGCUCCAGUGACGAUGCCUUGGCUUGACCAAGCGCCAGCACUGAUCCAGGCCUGGUACGGUGGCAACGAGACGGGAAACGCGAUUGCAGAUGUUAUUUUUGGCGACACCAACCCCAGUGGAAAGCUACCAUUGACCUUCCCCAUCUGCAACGAGGAUAAUCCGGCUUUUCUAAACUUCACAAGUGACAGAGGGCGCACAGUCUAUGGUGAAGGGGUUUAUAUUGGGUACCGCUUCUACGAGAAAUGCAAGAGGGGAGUUGCUUUUCAGUUUGGAUAUGGACUGAGCUAUUCCACGUUCGAACUCAGCAAACUGUCCCUACGAGCUGAUGAUGAACAUCUUUUGCUUACUUUGAACGUGCAUAAUACGGGCAAGGUAGAUGGUGCCGAGGUUGUUCAGGUAUACGUCGCUCAGCGCAGACCCAGCGUGAACCGACCUGUGAAAGAGCUGAAAGGGUUCAAGAAGGUGCUUGUCCCAGCUGGAAAGGAUAAACAGGUCACGAUCGAAAUCGUCAAGAAGUAUGCCGUCAGUUUCUGGGAUGAACAUCGGCAUGCUUGGGUGCAAGAGCGCGGCGAGUUCGAUGUCCUGGUUGGCAGCUCCAGUGCUAAUACACCAUUGUCGGCGGAAUUCAGUAUCAGCGAUACGGUGUGGUGGAAUGGACUGUAGAAGAUAGAACAGUUGGUCGAGAGAAUGUUCCGGAAGGAUAUUAGACUCGAUUGGGCCAGUAUGAUCAGUAGAAGCAUCAGUCUACAAGUCAGCAGUGAUGCAAUUGGCAACGAUAUAUUUACCAGCGGUCUUCUGGUGACAUCAAAGCUCCCCUUAGUGUACAACAACCCUCACACGUCCCAGAUUCAUCACUCUUGCGAAUGAAGU